GCUGCCGCUGCUGAGAAGGAGGAGGACGAGAGUCCGGAAGAGGAGCUUACGAAGAGUCUCAAACGCGUCCUGAAGCUGGAUAAUGCAGGCAGCAGUGAGAUUGAGAAUGUCUCAACGGACAAUUUGGAGGCCGGCCUCGCCGACUUUUUUGGCGAUGAGCCUGCUUCGAAACCGCCAGUCGCCACCAAUAAACUCGGGGACAACCGACCAAAGAGCAAGCACAGCCAGGAGGCUACAAAGUCGUCUGUUCCUGCCAACAAGGUGGUCGAGCACGCGGGAUCGGACAACUGCUUCAAUGGCUUACUCAUCUACGAACGCACGGAGCAGGGCGCCGAAGACGUGGACUCCGCGCAGGAGGAAGAG